AUGAAGACUUUACUCCUGCAAGAGAAGUGCACAAUCAGUAUUGUGAUUCUAACUAGCAUCAUUAUGUCGAGCCUUACCGUAAAUUUGUUGGAGAUCAAUCAAACAAAAUUCACGAUCCAACUGAAAGUUUUAAGGAUAGGCUCGGAAUCAAGUUGUGGUCAGAAUGGUUCUUCUCGAAUACAUAAAAUGAUAAUGGUCGACAAGGAUGGAGUCCACAUUGGAGUAAUAAUGUGGAAUGACGAUAUUAAAGAAUACGCCAACAAAUUCAAACUCAACAACACGUAUUCAAUCACAGGUGCUGAAGUAGGACAAGUCAAUCCCACUUUUGCAAAAAUGGCCAUUCAUCCAGAGAAAGAACUACUCCUUAGAAUGACCAACAAAACCUCUGUAAAUCUUGCCGCUGAAGAUAUCCAACACAAUAUCUCCUAUAAUUUCACCGCCUUCAACAACAUCAAUGUCAAAAAUUAUGCUAAUGAUAAAAUUGACUUAUGUGGGAUUGUAAUGAAGGCAAAGGAAUCAAGGAUUGUGACAAAAGCAAACGGAGCAAAAGCAAACUUACGAGAGAUAACCAUCAUGGACCAAGAGUAUCGAUCCAUUAUUGUCUCUUUAUGGGAUGACAUGGCUCAAAAUGAAGGAUCCAUCGUACACAGUAUGGUUGCAGAGAGCCCAUUUAUUGCAAUUAGCAAUUUGAUAUCACCAAAGAUCUACAACGGACAAUUACAAAUGCAAACCAGUGCAUCAUCUCUUCUUCAAAUCAACACGGCGUGUGAGGAAUACAACCAUAUGCGUAUAUGGUUACAAACACAUGGUACGCCUGUGAAUAUAAUUGAAAUGUCAAUGGCACGAAUAAUGAAGGACUUGGAUAGUAUCACCUUGCAACAGAUUUACUACAAUCGUGCAGACAUAAUUGAGGGAAAGUACUACUGCUUAAGAGGAUUUGUCGCCAAAGUAAUGAACAAAACAUCUCUAUGGUAUGAAUCGUGCAAAAAAUGCACAUCCUCUGUUAACAAGAAUGACGACAACAAGAUGUGUAAAAAGUGCAACGAUGUCGUGGAAACAACUCCAAGAUAUAGGUUGGUACUAAAUGUCGUAGAAGCGAACCUCAGUGGCACUAUAACACUUUUCGAAGAUGUCGGGAUGGUUUAUGUGGGGUGCUCUAUUGAAGACUACAUUAGAUCUAUUGAGCAGGUGAAGAAAUUCGCAGAUUUAGAUCGUGAAAUUCAAAGAAAGCAUUCGCAGGUGAAGAAACAACGAUCGUGA